AUGUUAGGUAUGUUCACCAAUCCCUUUGCGUAUGAUGUCGUGAUCUCAAUCGAAGUGGAAGACUUCCCCAAAGCCCGAAGAACCCUUCAUAAGCUUCUCAUGGAAUGGAGCAGGAAUCUGAAAGAGUUAGACGACCAGUGUGUCGCUGCGAUUGCUGCUAUGGCUGACAUCCUACAGGAACUCGCUGCAAAGUUCGAUAUUAUCAAAAUGAUAGCUUACGAAGAAGGUGCAAAGCCAGGGCGUUGCUAUGGUUUGAAGUGCGAUGUUAUUAGAUCUACGCUUCACGAGGUCCGGAGGCGGCUUGAAAAAGAUCCAGAAAGUAGAUUACAAAUGGCAGAGGUUUUAGAUAUGCUCAGCAAGCACAUCGGAAGACUAUCGCUGAGUGGGUAUACUGCUGAAAAUGUUUUUGCGAUCAGAAUGGAUAAAAUGAUCGAUGUUGUGGGGAAGAGAUUUCAAGAAACAUGGCCUGAAGAGGAUUGUGAAGGCGAGAGCAAGUUCCUCGAGCUGUAUGCCAUCUGGAAUCGUCUUUGUGUGACUAUGCCCUCUUGUGGCUGUCUACAAUGCGGCAAGAGGCGGCUGGCGAAUGCUGAGCGAUAA